AUGUCCUUUCCCAACAGCUCUCCUGCUGCUAAUACUUUUUUAGUAGAUUCCUUGAUCAGUGCCUGCAGGAGUGACAGUUUUUAUUCGAGCAGCGCCAGCAUGUACAUGCCACCACCUAGCGCAGACAUGGGGACCUAUGGAAUGCAAACCUGUGGACUGCUCCCGUCUCUGGCCAAAAGAGAAGUGAACCACCAAAAUAUGGGUAUGAAUGUGCAUCCUUAUAUACCUCAAGUUGACAGUUGGACAGACCCGAACAGAUCUUGUCGAAUAGAGCAACCUGUUACACAGCAAGUCCCCACUUGCUCAUUCACCGCCAACAUUAAAGAAGAAUCCAAUUGCUGCAUGUAUUCUGAUAAGCGCAACAAACUCAUUUCUGCCGAGGUCCCUUCGUACCAGAGGCUGGUCCCUGAGUCCUGUCCCGUUGAGAACCCCGAGGUUCCUGUCCCUGGAUAUUUUAGACUGAGUCAGACCUACGCCACCGGGAAAACCCAAGAGUACAAUAACAGCCCCGAAGGCAGCUCCACUGUCAUGCUCCAGCUCAACUCUCGUGGCGCGGCCAAGCCGCAGCUCUCGGCUGCCCAGCUGCACAUGGAUAAGAAGAUGAACGAAACCGCGAGCGGCCAGGAGCCCACCAAAGUCUCCCAAGUGGAGAGCCCCGAGGCCAAAGGCGGCCUUCCAGAAGAGAGGAGUUGCCUGGCUGAGGUCUCGGUGUCCAGUCCCGAAGUGCAGGAGAAGGAAAGCAAAGAGGAAAUCAAGUCUGAUACUCCAACCAGCAAUUGGCUCACUGCAAAGAGUGGCAGAAAGAAGAGGUGCCCUUACACUAAGCACCAAACGCUGGAAUUAGAAAAAGAGUUCUUGUUCAAUAUGUACCUCACCCGCGAGCGCCGCCUAGAGAUCAGUAAGAGCGUUAACCUCACCGACAGGCAGGUCAAGAUUUGGUUUCAAAACCGCCGAAUGAAACUCAAGAAGAUGAGCCGAGAGAAUCGAAUCCGAGAACUGACCGCCAACCUCACCUUUUCUUAG